AUGGUUUUUAUCUCCAUCUGUGUUGAAUUCUAUGAGUUUUUGUUUUGGAAUACUUCUCAGGUAGUGCAUUUUUUGGACAAGUUCAUUCCAUGGCAUAGGCUUCCUGUAUUGCUUGGAUUGGCGUAUUUAGGAAUAAGAAGACAUUUGCACCAAAGAUACAACCUCCUUCACGUUGGAAACACGAAUGGCAGGAGAUAUGAUCCUGGAAAAGUGUUACACAGAACUCCAGAUGGAAGUUGUAAUCAUCCUACAGAUGAUAAAGUUGGAAGUUUCGGAACGUUUUUCGGCCGAAACAUGCCUCCAUCAACUUCACAGUAUGGGUUGUUGGAUCCCCACCCGGCAAUUGUCGCCUCAAAGCUAAUGGAGAGAAGGAAUUACGUUGAUUGCGGGAAGCAACUGAACAUGAUAGCAUGCUCAUGGAUACAAUUCAUGAUUCAUGAUUGGGUUGAUCAUAUGGAGGAUACAAAUCAGAUUGAACUUAGAGCUCCUGAUGAAGUUGCAGGAAGCUGCCCAUUGAAGUCAUUCAAAUUCUUCAAGAACAAAAGGGUUGCCACUGGUUCACCUGAUCUGAAAUUUGGGUUUCUGAAUUCAAGGACACCAUGGUGGGAUGGCAGUGUGAUUUAUGGGAAUAAUAAUGAAGGAAUGGUUAGGGUGAGAACCUUUGUAGAUGGGAAGUUGAAGAUCUCCAGUAAUGGACUGCUUGAACACGAUGACAAAGGGAUUCCUGUAUCUGGAGAUAUUAGAAAUGGUUGGGCAGGGUUCUCUGUUUUGCAGGCCUUGUUCAUCAAAGAACACAAUGCUGUCUGUGAUAUGCUAAAAGAAAACUAUCCGGACUUAGACGAUGAGAAGCUAUACCGACACGCGAGAUUGGUAACUUCAGCUGUGAUUGCUAAGGUCCAUACUAUUGAUUGGACUUUAGAACUCUUGAAGACUGACACACUCACAGCUGGGAUGAGGAUUAACUGGUAUGGGUUCUUUGGAAAGAAAAUCAAGGAUUUAUUAGGUCACAAAUUUGGACAUAUAUGUAGUGGACUGGUUGGUCUUAAAAAGCCGAUGGAUCAUGGAAUACCUUACUCGUUAACUGAGGAGUUCGUGAGCGUCUACAGAAUGCAUUCGCUUUUACCAGACAAAAUCCUUCUCAGAGACACCAGGACAGCAGUCUCAGAUGACAAAUGCCCUCCAAUUCACGAAGAGAUUCCUAUGACAGAGAUGAUUGGAAAAGUAGGAGAGGAACGAUUAUCAAAGAUCGGUAUGGAGCGGAUGUUGGUAACGAUGGGUCAUCAGGCCAGUGGAGCAGUCACUCUUCGGAACUAUCCAGCAUGGAUGAGGAAUCUUAUUGCUCAUGAUGAAAAUGGUGCAGAACGAGCUGAUCCAGUUGACUUGGCUGCAUUGGAAAUUUAUAGAGAUCGAGAGAGGGGAGUACCACGAUACAACGAAUUCAGGAGGAACUUGCUGAUGAUACCAAUAAGCAAGUGGGAAGAUUUGACAGAUGAUGCAGACAUAAUUCAAGCUCUCAAAGAAGUGUAUGGUGAUGAUGUUAAUAAAUUAGACCUCCAAGUUGGAUUACAUGCUGAGAAGAAAAUCAAAGGCUUUGCGAUUGGCGAAACAGCAUUCUUCAUAUUCUUACUCAUUGCAUCAAGGAGGCUGGAAGCUGAUAGAUUCUUCACUACUAAUUUCAACUCAGUAGCCUACACUGAGAAAGGCUUAGAGUGGGUGAACACCACAGAGACAUUAAAAGAUGUGAUCGACCGACACUUCCCUGAAAUGACAAAGAAAUGGAUGAGGUCUACCAGUGCAUUUUCAGUCUGGCACUCUGAGCCAAACCCUAAGAACUAUGUACCUCUGUAUCUUAGGCUUGCACCUUGA